ACAAGAAGAUGUAAAGGGCUGUUAAAGUUAGUUACAAGUAGGAAGGGUAGUUUAGUCCUUUCACUGUAUGGUAGUUACAACAACUUGACAAGUUGAUUAGUCAGAAGUUAGUUACAGAAAUAUGGAUCUGUAUAUAUAUAUCCUACAGAUCAUGUAUCUAGUUAUUCUUUCAGUCUCAAUACAAUGAAUUUUCUUCUUUCUUAGUUCUCUCUUUUCAUGUUCAAACUCUCUCAAGUUACGUUCAUGGUAUCAAAGCCUUAUGCUUCACAGUGAGUACUGCUGAAGUUGGUGAUAUUAGAAUCAAAGAAUCAUUGUUUUGAUUCACAGAUUCAUGUUUUGUUUCUGUUCCGUUUGUUGAAAGAGAUUUGCAGAUCAGAGCUUCAUUCGAAGCCAGAAUCUGCAUUCAGUUUCAGCUUGAUCUAGUAUCAAAUUCCAGAUUCAUGAUGGAGAAUGAAGGUGUUCUUGCAGCUGGAUCACAAAGCAGUUCACUAAGAGGUAUUCCUCAAAGCAGCAAUGCUAUGCAAGGUCAAGGUAUUGACUAUAAUCAUCCCUUAUUUCUAGGUCCUACUGAUGUCAGUGGACUGAGUCUUAUCUCGUUUCAAUUGCUUGGAAUUGAAAACUAUACCUUAUGGAGUCGAUCUAUCAGAUUGGCCUUAUUAGGAAGGAAUAAAAUUGGAUUAAUUGAUGGUUCUGCUAGGAAGGAGGUGUUUGGUGAGAAACUGUGGGGGCAAUGGGAAAGAGUAAAUGUUGUGGUGUUGUCAUGGUUGAUGAACUCUGUAUCUAAGAGUUUAUUAAAUGGGAUUGCCUUUGCUUCUAGUGCACUAAAUGUCUGGGUUGAUCUAAAAGAAAGAUUUGAUAGAGUGGAUGGAUCUAGGACCUACAGUUUACAUAAGGAUAUUGCCUCACUGCAACAAGGAACUGUCUCUGUGUCUGAGUAUUAUACAAGACUCAAAACCUUGUGGGAUGAGUUUGAAGUGUUAGUACCUGCUCCUUGUUGUAAUUGUGAAAAAUCAGUAGGUUUUGUAGCUCAUAUGAACAGACAGAAAUUGUAUCAGUUUUUGAUGGGCUUAAAUGACUCCUAUCAUCAGGCAAGGAGUCAAAUUCUUAUGAUGGAUCCACUACCAACCAUUAACGGUGCCUAUGCGAUGGUAGUUGGAGAUGAAAGGCAAAAGGCUGUUGUUACUAGUACUAAUAGUAUGGGGAUGACUUCUGUGGGUCUGGAUUCCUCAAUUGCUAUGUAUUCUAAGACUGGUGGAAGUUUAGGAGUGAAUCAGAGGUUUAAGAAAAAUUCCUUUCUAGUAUGUGAUUUCUGCAAGUGCAAAGGCCAUAGCAAAGAGUUUUGUUAUAAAAUUGUAGGCUAUCCUCCAGAUUUCAAGUCUAAAAGGAAGGUUCAAGGAAAUUUUCCUUCACAUACUGGUAGUUCCUCAUUCCAACAGUCAUCAGUACAGGCUAACUUCACUAAUGACAGAGAUAUCAAUUUUCCUCCACAACAUCAACAACAUUCUAAUACUAAUGAAGAAACUCACAAAGCUCCUAGCAACAUUAAUUCAGUAAGUCAGGCUGAAAGAGAGGUUAAACAACUUCUGCAGGGCUGCACAUUUACUAAAGAUCAGUAUGAUCACAUUCUCAAAAUGUUCCAAAAGGAGGUAGGUUCUUCAUCUACUUCGGUGUGCAAUACUGCAAACACUACAGGAGCUUUACAGUGGGAAGGUGAAGGAAGUUGGUAAAGAAGAGGGAGUUCU